CUAUGGAGGAUUUAUUUAUUUUCUCCUCCGUCUCCUCCUCCUCUGCCGCCGCCGCCGCUGCGUCCAUUAUCACCGAGACGAAACCAGGAAUCCUCGGCGAAGCAAAGCGACGACCGCAGGCCGAGCUGACCGACUCGGAGUGAAGGAUGAGAGCCGAGCGCGGGGCGCAGAGCCGACCGGAGCCGCCGCUGAGCACCGGAGGAGGCAACAUGGACAGGGACUAAACAGGCAGGAGGACUCCGCUGCGCCUGUCGCGGCUCGCGGUCGGGAUGUCUGGAGCGGCCGGGCUCGCGCCGCCCACCGGGGCCGGACCGGAGCUGCCGGACCUGAGCCAUCUGACCGAGGAGGAGCGGAGGAUCAUCCUCUCCGUGAUGGAGCGACAGAAGAAAGAGGAGGAGAAGGAGCAGAGCAUGCUGAAGGAUGAGGAGGAAGUAAAACCUCCCCCAGCUUCGUGGAAUCCCUUCUCAGGGUUCAGUCAGUUGGUCAAUAAUGUUGCAGCCAAUGUGUCCGAAGUUCUGCAGGUUAAAAGUCCCACUGACAACGGGUCGCAGACGAAGUUACAUCAACAGUUUGAAAUGUAUAAAGACCAGGUCAAGAAGCUGGGGGAGGAGCCUCCUGCAGCUCAAACGGCGAGGGCGGAGUCUCCCACCUGUGGCAUCUGUCACAAAACAAAGUUUGCUGACGGCUGCGGCAGAGCCUGCUGCUACUGUCAAAGUCGUUUCUGCGCUCGCUGUGGUGGGCGUGUCCCUCUACGAGCCAAUAAGGUAAUGUGGGUGUGCAACGUGUGCAGGAAGCAGCAGGAGAUCCUAACCCGGUCUGGAGAGUUUUACCCGAAUGCGUCCCCUCCACACGCACCAAUACAGGGAGCGCCGGGGCCCAUGGGGCCCCUGAGUAACGGAGCUACAGAUCAGAGGCGGAGCCCCUCGUAUUACGAUGGUGGCGGCAGGAUGCCUCGCUCGCCUUCUGACCAUGGUCUGGAUCGCCGCACCCGCUCGCUGCACAGCUACCAUGGCAAUGGCGAGGAGGAGCUACGCGUCCAGAGGCGACCAAUCAAAGACAGGCGAGGCCGCUGGCACUCACAGGACCAUCCCUUGGACCCGGUUCUUGUGGACCGUGAACUUCGACGUCGGCAAGAGGAGGAGUUUCAAGCACGCUACCGAAGUGACCCCAAUCUGGCUCGUUACCCGGUGAAGCCACAGCCGAGCGAGGAGACCAUGAGAAUGCUGGCUCAGGUGGGCAGGGUCCGCCACCAGCGUCGGCACAGCGACGUCUCCCUGGCCGCUGCAGAACCUGAACACCUUAACUUGAGACACUCAGCUGUCCGCCAGAAUCGACCUCAGGGAAUUAUGGGGUCUGGAAGUCAGAGGUCAUUCUCGGUUGACAGGGCGUCUAAUCACCUCAGCCCUACGUCUCCACGCCGCAGCCCUCUGCCACAGCAGCUCCUGGACCCAAGCUCUGCCCUUAAGAGGAAACCCGCGAACGAGAGCAUGGCGCAGAGAGGGAGGAUGAUGGGAAAAAUGCAUGUUAUUGGUAGCUUCAGCAGUUCAGAGGAGGAGCUGCUGACCACACCUGAAUACACCAGCUGUGACGAGCCUGACAGAGACAUGGAGAGCCAAUGGUGGGAUUAUGGUACCUGGCAUGGCGAACCUGCACCUAUGUCUAUGCAGCCGGUCACGUGGCAGCCAUCCAAAGAUGGGGAGCGUCUGAUUGGUCGAAUUGUCCUGAACAAGAGGAUGAAGGACGGGACGGUUCCUGCAGACACAGGAGCUCUGCUGGGGCUAAAGGUUGUUGGUGGGAAAAUGACUGAGUCCGGUCGUCUGUGUGCAUUUAUAACCAAAGUGAAGAGAGGAAGUCUUGCAGACACUGUUGGACAUCUGAGACCAGGUGAUCAGGUUCUGGAGUGGAACGGUCGGGUACUUCAAGGAGCCACGUUCAAUGAGGUCUAUGACAUCAUCAUGGAGUCCAAACCAGAACCGCAGGUGGAGCUCGUGGUUUGCAGACCGAUUCGAGAUGUUUCAAGAGCAGCUGAUGCCUCCAGUGUUCACCUGGACUCCAGCUCCAGUUCCUUCGACUCUCAGAAAGUUGGCCCGUCCAUCUCCGUCACGUCUCCAAUGAGCCCCAGCGUUCUAUCAGGACAAGUCUCUAUCAAGCUGUGGUAUGACAAAGUUGGUCAUCAGCUGAUCGUCACGGUCCUUGGAGCUAAAGAACUUCCUGUUCGGGAUGAUGGACGACCGAGGAACCCAUACGUCAAGAUCUACUUUCUGCCGGACAGAAGUGAUAAGAGUAAACGCAGGACAAAGACAGUGAAGAAGUCUCUGGAACCUCGCUGGAAUCAGACCUUCAUGUAUUCCCCGGUGCACCGGCGUGAGUUCAGAGAACGCAUGUUGGAGCUAACUGUCUGGGACCAGGCCAGGGUCCGAGAAGAGGAAAGCCAGUUCCUGGGAGAGGUCCUGAUAGAGCUGGAGUCUGCGCUGCUGGAUGAUCAGCCUCACUGGUACAAGCUGCAGCUUCAUGAUGUUUCCUCUGUGCCGCUGCCCAAUGCCUCCCCCUACCUGCAGAGGAGGGGGCUGCAGGCGGAGCCCUCCCAGAGCAGCAGGAGGCUUCAGAAUAAAGGUCCUUACUUUAACUCAGGAUCACAGAGGAUCAGUGACAGCGAGUUUUCAGAUUACGACUGUGAGGACGGCAUCGGUGUGAUCUCAGAUUACAGACAAAAUGGGCGGGACUUCCACAGCUCCACCCUUUCAGUGCCCGAACAGGUGAUCUCGUCCAAUCAUUGCUCUCGAUCUGAGCUGGUUAGGAGGUCCCGGUCACCAAGUCAACCACCUCCACAAAGCGGUAACCCUCUGUAUCCGUUGUACCGGGAGGAUGCAGUGCGGCUGCUGCGAGGCUCCAAACUGAAUCGAGCGUACUCUGACGCCACUCAGUAUAGCAGUCUCGACAGGCGACACCUGAGGAGAAUGUCUGUUGCCAACUCUCUCGAUUCCUACGACAGAUACUUUAAUGGUCCACAACAGACCUGGACAAACCAUGUAAUGAAUGGGGGUGUUGAGGAUUACAGUCAGGACUUCAUCCCAGACUUUCCCUUUGAGCCAGAUGCUUAUGACGAGGAGCUGCUAAGGUACAGCAGGGGGAUGGAUCGGAGGGAUUACUACAGCCGCUCUCGCUCUGCAGACCAGCGGGCCAUGGCCGACAGACCCGUGUACGCGCGGUCUCACUCCACAGACCGAGCUGACUCCUCCCACUUUAGGUCUGGCCGCUCUGCCCCCCCUUCGCCUGCACUAAUCAGGGCGAACGCCCGCGUUGGAUCCAACAUGACCAGUCCGACCGGAACCACAGUCUUCCCUCGACGAGGACGCCAGCUUCCUGUUGUCCCGCCAAAAGGAGCUCUUGAUCGAAAUGGAGAACAUUUUGACUCUGUACAGACAGUUUCGGCCACAACAACUUCAGGACCACCAUCAGCCGCCCCACCCCCUCCUCCUCAUGAAAUCACUCCCCCCAUUCAGAAACAGAUAUCUUCUCUAGUCAAUCACCAACAGCCUCCCCUUAUACGAAUUCAGGGACCCCCAGCUCAUCCACCUUCCUCCUUCUCUAUGCAUCCGACUCCUUCACCUGCACCCCCACCAGUACGCGCACCUGUGCCUGGACUCACACCCCAACUCGUACGCCCAUCUGUGCCUCCACCCACAUCUUGUCCUCCUCAUGCCCCCGGCCCUAGACCUGCCCCUUCCCCAGCACCCGCAGCCCCAGCAGCACCUUUAAAUGCCCCCAUUUCUGUCCCGACCCCUGCUGCCACCCCAGCCCCCCCUCCUCCACCUGCUCCUGUUCAGCCUCCGCCUCCCGUUGUCCAACCCCAGCCACCUCCUGAACCAACCCCGCUGCCUACACCUGCCCCAACACCUACACCCGCCCCGUCCCCAGCACCCUCACCAGCCCCGCCCCCUCAGACUCCAGAGAGACGCUCAGCUACACCUGGAGGGACCAGAAAAGAAGUCACAUGGGAGGACCAGCAGAAGAAAACACCAAAUGGAGACGUGUUAACGGCGAGCAAAGAAGGUGUGAUGAAGGACCCCACUAAGAUGAGGGAUAGUCUGUCUUUUAAAUCAUCGGACAGUGACGUCAGUGACGUUUCGGCCAUGUCCAAUGCAUCUGAAACCAGAACCGCGCUCAAAAUCAGGGCGGCCUCUACUGCCGGUGCAACCCUCACAAAGUCCUCUAGUGUCGGUGGAGAGAUUUGCUCAUUAGGAAGAAAUGAUGACGAUGAUGAUGACAAGAAGCGACGCUCCAGCUUUGGGGCAAAGAUGAUGGGAAUGGUUGGACUGGGAAAGAAGAGUCAGAGCGCAUCCCAGCUUAAUCCAGAAGAGGAGGAGAAGAAGAAAAAAGUGAUUAGACUUCCUGUCCAGAGGAGCGUAGAAACUGGUUUGGCCAUCGAGUUUAAGUCCCGAUUCACCAGACAGCCUAGCAGAGAUCCAGAUGCGGAGGAUCCCAAACCAGGAGCUCUGAUAUUUCCGGGAGUGAAGUUGGCAUCAGAUAAGCAGUUCACAGGCUUCCUGGAGGGAUUAGGUCCUGGCCAAUUGGCUGGACGACAGACUUUGGCCACACCCCCCAUGGGGGACAUCCAGAUCGGGAUGGUCUACAGGAAGGAGCGGCUGGACGUGGAGGUGAUUCGGGCCCGGGGCCUUGUUGGGAAACAAGGCAAUAAGAACACUCCAGCUCCGUAUGUGAAGGUGUAUUUAAUGGAUAAUGGGAAAUGCGUGCUGAAGAGAAGGACGCGUCUGGCAAGAAAAACUCUGGAUCCACUUUAUCAGCAGCAGCUACAGUUUGAGGAAAAUCCUGAAGGAAAAGUGCUACAGAUCAUCGUUUGGGGCGACUAUGGUCGGAUGGACCAUAAAUCCUUCAUGGGAGCUGCUCAAAUCCUGUUGGAUGAUUUGGAUCUCUCCAACAUGGUGAUUGGCUGGUUCAAACUGUUUCCUGCCACCUCACUGGUGGACCCGGCUUUGGCCCCGCUGACUAACAAGGAGACAGAAGGCGCCAAAUCAUAGCAUCAGGAGACGGGACCGACUGUGUCGUCGCAUUAAACGGGCCAAGAGCGAGUGGGAGGGGACAAAUGGUCGCUGAGUCCAGUGAUCCUCCUGUGCUCCUGCAUGCUGCAUGAUGAUGUCACAAUGAUGACGUACCAGUGCCAUGAAGAAGUCAUCGGGCGGAGGGAGGCUCCACCCCUCGACGGGGAGAGGACAGGACGGGUUCGGCAAAAGAUGCUUUGAAAAGAGAGGCCAAAAGACUUCUAGCUGCCAGCCAAUCACAAUAGAUCCUCUGAGUCAUGUGACAGGAGGCGAAAUUAGAAAGCUGGAGACUCAGUCCGUCACCUCAGUUUCCAUGGAGAUGCAGGAACAUGGAGGUCUGCUGCUGUACGUUUUUGCAUGGGACGACAAAAAGAUUAGAAAAAAAAAAAAAUCUGAAACAUCAGCAGGAAAAAAAAAUGUUACAACACCGGAACGUCGCCUGAAAACUGGAAAAUAGUUCUUCUGAUCCAUCAUUCAUGUUUUUGUAAGAUAUCCCUGACAUUUCAGCGUUGUCACAAACAGCUCAUUUUUCAGAGAUUACAUAACGUGACUUUAGAUCCAUGAUGGUUCUCUAAAACAUUGUCAGUCCUGUAAAGUUUAAUGUUCUGCUGCUAUGCCUGCUACAGCCUUGUUUUAAAAAAACUGGGAUGCUGUAUAAAAUGUAAAUAAAUACAGAAUGCAAUGAUUUGCAAA